AUGUCGAGGACGAGUCUCAUAAGGCCAUUGGGGCAGGCGCUAUUACGGCCGACUCCCGGACAAACUCGACAUGCUCUUCCAGGGUUAAUGAGCAAGCGUUCACAAGCCUCAGCAGCUGAUCCGAGAGCUGCACCAGUUCAAUUGAUAAACGAACUGCCUAAUCCCGCCGAGGAGAAUGAAAUUCGGCUUCCCCGAGCUGUCCAGGCCCUUUACCUCCAGCCCCUCCGACGUGAGACCGAAUAUGGUGUUCCCUCGUGCGAUCUUCAACUUCGGUCGUAUAGCAUCCCCAACCUCGAGUUCUUUUGCGACUUUGCGCUGCGUGCAGCUUACUAUCUCAACCUCCCUGCCUUCGGGCCGGUGCCUCUGCCCAAGAUAACAGAGCGAUGGACGGUGCCGAGAUCACACUUCAUCUUCAAAAAAUCACAAGAAAAUUUCGAACGUAUCACAAGGAGGAGAUUAAUCCAGAUUAGAGACGGUCACCCUGAAACAGUGCAAGUGUGGCUUGCAUUCUUACAGAAGCACGCCUACUACGGUAUCGGUAUGAAGGCCAAUAUGUGGGAGUAUUCCUCACUUGAUACCAGUAAGCAAAUGGAUUCAGAGUUACCAUCAAUGCAGAAAUCAAUCGAUGAAAAGAUGGAGCUCCUAGGGCAAAGCAAAGUUCUAGGAACAGUUGAAAAAGUUAAGGAGUUGAAGGCAUGGCAUAUAUGGUAUGUAAAGGAAACAAACCAAGCUGUAGAAUCAUCAGUCACGCAAAGUCAGCGCGACCAUGCUGUGAUAUUCUCGGGCAUCCAGCCCACCGGCGUGCCGCAUUUAGGGAAUUACCUAGGGGCUAUGCGUCAAUGGAAGCGUCUGCAAGAUAUGGCAGGCGACAAAGACAAGUUGCUCUUCUCUAUCGUUGAUCUCCACGCUAUCACGAUGCCGCAAGACGCCCAGGCUCUCAGGUUCCGAAGGAGAGAGAUGCUAGCCGCUUUACUGGCCAUUGGACUAGACCCCAAGAAGUCGACUCUGUUUUACCAAUCAUCGGUUAUGCAACACUCUGAGCUGAUGUGGAUACUGAGUUGUACGGCGUCAAUGGGCUACCUCGGCCGGAUGACACAGUAUAAGAGUAAACUCCAGGCCGACAAUAAGCAAGGCGAUGUAAAUGAGGCAAUAGCCUCACGCUUAAAACUUGGGUUAUUCUCCUACCCUGUCUUACAGGCUGCUGAUAUCCUCGUUCACCGCGCUACACAUGUGCCUGUGGGCGAUGACCAGAAGCAACACCUGGAGUUCGCCAGGGAGUGCGUGACCAACUUCAAUCAUACUUAUCAAAAUGAGCUGCUUGUCUCCCCUGAGACCAUAACAACUCCAUCACCGCGCAUCAUGUCACUCCGAGAUGCUCGCGAGAAGAUGUCGAAAUCAGCGACAAGUGAGAAAUCACGGAUCCUCAUUACGUCAACGCCUAGAGAGAUCGAGCAACGAAUUCAACAAACUGUUACUGACAAUUUGAACACGGUGACAUAUGAACCGGAUUAUCGCCCUGGAGUUGCGAAUCUCCUAGAAAUUACGGCGCAAUGCAGCUCCGAGCCGACAACGCCCGAGGCCGUGGCUGACUCCCUCAUGGGUGCUAAGCUCAGCGACCUGAAGGCCCGUUGCAUCGAGGCCGUGACCGCCGAGCUAAGCGGCAUUCUUGAGCGGUAUACCGAGCUGCUCGAGCGCGAGGGCGGCAAGUACUUGGACGAUAUAGAGGCUGCGGGUGCCGAGGCCGCGCGCCAGAACGCCGAGGAGACUAUGAGACUUGUACGGGAAGCAGUGGGAUUGGCGACAUCAAGGUGA